CAACAACUAAACAACAAACAAACCAACCAACCAACAAAAGCAAUGGCCAACAAUAAUUAUUGAAUGGCGGCCAUUAGUGGCCCCAAGCGGCAUCCAUUGAGCAAUCAACACCAUUUCUCCCACAUCAUCAAAUCAAGCACCACAACAACCACCACCUCUACCACCACCAACACCACCAAUACCAAUACCAAUUCAACCAUUAACAAUACAGUCAAUAGCACAACAACCAACAACAGCAUCAAUUCCAAUAAAAGUAACAACAAAUCGUCCUCAGCAGCAGUAAUAACAAAAGCAACAACAACAACAACAACAGCCAACAUACCAAAAAUUCUAAAAAACCAAAACGAAGCAACAACAACUCAACUCAAUAAUCAACAGCAAAAGCAGAGAUCAACAUCCACAUCAACAAUAUCCUCGACAAUAUUAUCACAAAAAUCCUUAUUAGCAUCAGGACCAGGAGCAGGAGCAGCAUCUGCAACAGCCUGCUGUCCAAAUUAUACCGCUGAAACGCCGCGUAGUUCAUCAAUGAGCGUUUCGAUGUCGUUGGUACAGGGUGGUGCUGCCGGUGGUGCGCCACAGGGCGCUAGCGCAAUAUUAGCUGCAGCGGCUCCAUAUUAUCAACCGCCAGCAGUACCCCAGGAUGUACAACCGGAUCGUCCCAUAGGCUAUGGUGCAUUCGGUGUUGUCUGGGCUGUCACAGAUCCUCGCGAUGGCCGUCGUGUGGCCCUCAAAAAGCUGCCAAAUGUGUUCCAAUCGUUGGUCUCAUCGAAACGUGUUUUUCGUGAACUGAAAAUGCUUUGCUUUUUCAAGCAUGAAAAUGUUCUCUCAGCUUUGGAUAUUUUACAACCACCACAUUUGGAUUUCUUUCAAGAAAUCUAUGUGAUAACGGAAUUGCUGCAAUCGGAUCUACAUAAAAUUAUAGUCUCACCGCAACAUUUAUCUGCCGAUCAUAUUAAAGUCUUUCUGUAUCAGAUAUUGCGAGGAUUGAAAUAUUUACAUUCAGCCCGGAUUCUUCAUCGUGACAUUAAGCCCGGCAAUCUGUUGGUCAAUUCGAAUUGUGUAUUAAAGAUAUGCGAUUUCGGUUUGGCACGCGUCGAGGAGCCCGAUCAGGCCAAGCACAUGACCCAGGAGGUGGUCACACAAUAUUACAGGGCCCCCGAGAUUUUAAUGGGUGCCCGCCAUUAUUCAUCGGCUGUGGACGUUUGGUCGGUGGGUUGCAUUUUCGGUGAACUCCUGGGACGUCGCAUUCUCUUCCAGGCCCAGAAUCCGGUGCAACAAUUGGAACUAAUCACCGAAUUGCUGGGCACACCCACAAUGGAUGAUAUGCGUCAUGCCUGCGAGGGUGCCCGCACUCAUAUGUUGCGUCGGGCACCGAAACCUCCAUCCUUCUCGGUACUCUACACCCUGAGCUCUCAUGCCACCCAUGAGGCUGUGCAUUUGUUGUGCCAAAUGUUGGUAUUUGAUCCGGAUAAGAGAAUUUCGGUGACAGAUGCCUUGGCUCAUCCAUAUUUGGAUGAGGGUCGUUUGCGUUAUCAUUCAUGCAUGUGCAAAUGCUGUUUCACUACCUCGGCUGGAAUGCGUCAGUAUACAGCAGAUUUUGAGCCAUCGGCUGGUCAGCCCUUUGAUGAUCUAUGGGAACGUAAAUUGACCUCAGUGCAGCAGGUUAAGGAGGAAAUGCACAAAUUUAUUGCCGAGCAAUUGCAAACGGGUCGAGUGCCGCUUUGUAUUAAUCCACAGAGUGCGGCAUUUAAGAGUUUUGCCAGCUCCACUGUGGCACAUCCAUCCGAGCUGCCCAUCGCCACAUCAAUGGGAAUGACGGCAAAAUGAGGCAAUUGCUGCCUAAAGAUCAAACCAAAA